CUAGUUCAUAGGUUUUUCUUCGGUAGAAUCAUUGAACCUUGAAUUCGAUCAUUCACGCAGCGCGAAAGAAACUCAAUAUUGAUUGUAAUAUUUUUCCGCUAAAUGUUUGAUAACAAACUUUAAGGUGUUAUAGGAAUAUUAAGUGCGACAAAAUCAGCAGGUUUUUCUUGGAAGAGCCUUACCAAGCAAAUCAUGAAAACAAAUCACAAAAACUUUGGAAAAUCCAAAGACGUUAUUGCUAUAAAAGCCUGAAGGCGAAAACUUCUUUACACCAGUCUCUUAUAAUGUUCCGGUUCUUUACUGUUUUCGCCCUUGUAAGUUGUGCCUUGGCCGGUACCUUGCCAGAUGAUUUUGAUGGCCGCAUUGUAAAUGGUGUUGACACAACCAUUGAGAAACAUCCUUAUCAGGUUUCUCUGCAAACUGCCUCGGGCAAGCAUUUCUGUGGUGGUUCCAUCAUCAGUGAAGACAUCAUCGUUACCGCUGCUCACUGUUUGCAAAAAUACACUGCCUCUCAAAUGAAAGUGCGCUUGGGUUCCACUGAGUAUAACACUGGUGGUAAAUUGAUUGCUGUCAAAUCUUUCCGAAACCAUGAAGAUUAUAGUUCCACAACCAAUAAAAAUGAUAUUGCUGUCAUCAAAUUGUCCUCACCUGUCAAGCAAACCUCAAAAAUACGUUAUAUUGCCCUGGCUGAAAAGACUCCUGCCACCGGUACUCCUGCUGUUGUUACUGGUUGGGGAUACAAAUGUUACAGAUGUGCGCCUGGACCCACAACUCUGCAAGAAGUCGAGGUGGCUAUUAUCGAUAGAAGGACAUGUGCUUCCAGUGAAUACGAAUAUGGUUCGGAAAUCAUGAAAACCAUGGUAUGUGCCUAUGCGGUCAACAAGGAUUCCUGCCAAGGUGACUCCGGUGGCCCAUUGGUAUCUGGCAAUAAAUUGGUUGGCGUUGUUUCCUGGGGCGAAGGUUGUGCCAAGCCCGGUUAUCCUGGUGUCUAUGCUGAUGUUGCUACUCUGCGCAGCUGGGUUGAAAACACCGCCAACGAAUUGUAAAUCCAAAUGAA